CUAUGAUUCUUGAAACUUUUGACAGAUAUAUAUGACAUUGAAAUGAUCGUUAUAAUAUUUUAUAUCUUUGAUUGAGUGCGAAUUAUUUUGUAUAAUUAUAAAUUUUUAUUUUUUCUAAAUCUAUAAAUCUUUAUUUUUUUUUUAUUUCAUCAAAGAAAUGAUGAAUGAAUCUAUGAUUAAACUUAUUCAAUAUUCACAAAAAAUAUUAAUAGUAAUAAUUUGUUCAAGUAUAGUAAUAUUAUUUAUUUAUUUAAAUCAUGUACAACCUUACUAUUUUAUCGAUGAGGUUUUUCAUGUAUCUCAGACUUUGCAAUAUUGUAGUAAUAAUUUUACACAGUGGAAUCCUAAAAUUACCACUUUGCCUGGUUUAUAUUUAAUUGCAACUCUAAUUUUAUCACCUUUGAAACUCUGUAAUAUCUUUUACAUGAGAUGUAUAAACUUGUUUGGAACAUUUCUAAAUCUCUAUCUUGCUCAAAAUAUAAUUAAAAAAAUUUCAAUAAUUUAUUGGAAACAAAGAUGGAAUGAUUGGAUGAAACUUAUUGUGGCUUGUAAUAUUAUGUUCUUUCCACCCUUAUUUUUCUGGCAUUUUUUAUAUUAUACAGAUGUUACAUCAGUUAAUGCAAUAUUAUUGAUGUUAUUGUUACAUUUAUAUAAACAAUUUAAAACUGCAGCUUUUAUAGGAUUUUUGUCUAUAUUAAUUCGACAAACAAAUAUUAUUUGGGUUGCAUUUAUUACUGUGGAAUAUUUAUUUGAUUUAUUAGAUCAUAAAAUAAAUAAAUUAAUUUCAUAUGAGCAGUAUAAUUCAAUAAUUUAUUUAAAACUAUUAUGGAAAAGAAUAAUAGAAGAAACAUAUCAUGAAUGGAAGUUACUUGCAAAAUUUAUUCUACAAUUGUGUGUACAAUUGCUUCCAUACAUUAUAGUAUGUUUAUUAUUUGUUUCUUUUGUUCUAUGGAACAAAGGAAUUGUAGUUGGUGAUAGAACAGCUCAUAUUCCUACUUUUCAUAUUCCUCAAUUGUUAUAUUUUUCUAUUUUUCUAUUUUGUUUUUUAUGGCCAUACAUGAUUAUUUCCUGGAAAAAUUAUUUUAAGUUUAUUAGUAAACAUUGGGUAUUUGCAAGUUGUAUUAUUAUUUUUUUAAUUAUAAUUGUUCAUUUUAAUACUUUUGUUCAUCCAUAUAUGUUAGCUGAUAAUAGACAUUAUGUAUUUUACUUUUGGAAUAAGUAUAUGGGAAAAUACAAACAAUUUAAAUAUUUUUUGGUACCAUUAUACUCAUUCACUUUGUAUACAAUGUUUCAUGGGCUUAAACAUUUAAGAUUUAUAACACAAAUUAAUUAUAUUCUUAUGGUUUCUAUAGUACUCAUUCCACAAUUAUUAAUAGAACCAAGAUAUUUUAUCAUUCCAUAUAUACUUUACCGUUGUUUUAUUAAAAAACCAAAAACAUGGCAAAUUAUUGCAGAAUCAAUAACUACAUUAAUAAUAAAUUUUUUACAAUUUUACAUUUUUAUCAAUAAAGUUUUUUAUUGGAAUGAUCAGCCUUAUCCUCAAAGAAUUUCUUGGUAAAUUAAGGAAUGAUAAAUAUAUUCAAUUGUAAACAUAUUAUUUAUUUAAUAAAAUUUUAAAAUAUUUAAAAUUUGCAUUUUUAUUUUCUUUCAUU